GGGAGAUUCAGACAGAGUUAGAGUGAGGGAAGGAAGCCAGCACCGAGAAGGAGCAGAGGCGGCGGAUGGCUGAAGAGGAGAAGAGGAGAGGCAUUGACUGGGAGCUUUAUACAUGGACGGGAAGAAAACUGCUGCUUCACAAGCUCAGUGUGCAGGACUGAAGUGUGUGGUUGUCUGAGUAGACUGCUAGUCGUCCGUUGCCUUACAGUGUGAGGAUAUACAAGGGGAGCGUGAGAAGACACGGAGGUGUGCAGAGGAUGAAGAGGCGAUGUGGGCUCUGUGGCUGUAAUCGCCAUCCUCAGACUCCGUAGUCUCUUGUGCUGGUGCUGUUCCAGGCCGUCAGCCUCUCAGUGGGGCAGCAGCUGAUAUAGAAAUGAGCUCCAAGCACUCCUCCGACUGGAUCCCCUACAGCACUUUGGAUGAUGAAAGCACCAACCUCCGACAGCAGAAACUUGACAGACAGCGGAUGCUGUUGGAGCAGAAGCAAAAGAAGAAAAGACAAGAGCCUCUGAUGGUCCAGUCCAACGUGGACGGUCGGUCCCGAGCUCGCCGCACCAAACAGAGCGAGGAACAGGCGCCGCUGGUGGAAUCCUACCUCAGCAGCAACAGCAGCACCAUUUACCAGGUGCAAGAAGCCGAUCGAGAGGAGGUGAAGGUGAUUUCAGAGACACAGCUGCCCCGUUCAGCCAAAAAGGGCAGAGCGUCGGCCAGCUCCACUCCACAGACGGGGAGUGACAAGAAGGAGAGGAAGGGCAGAAGCAAAGCAGCGCUCGACGGACCAGCUGUGGUGCAAGACGACGGCCAGAUCCACAUCCUGACAGCGGGCCACUCAACCACAGAGGAGGGGGAGAUGGAGCCUGUCAUGAGCUGCACACAGUCGCAGAGCAAACAGGAUCUGCGUGUCACCAUGUUGAAAAAAGGUAUAUCCAGCAGCAUGAAUUUUGAUGAAGAAGAGGACGAUGAGGAUGAAAUUAGCUCCAGCUCUUCACAGCUCAACAGCAACACAAGGCCAGGUUCUGCUACCAGCAAGAAGUCAUGCAAGGAGGUGGCUUCGGCGACCACUCCGCCGGUCAAUGAACCUGCUAUCGACGUAGACGACCUGGAGGAGUUUUCUCUGCGGCCCGCUCCACAGGGGGUCAGAGUGAAGUGCAGAAUCACCAGAGACAAGAAGGGCAUGGACAGAGGCAUGUAUCCCACAUACUAUCUGCAUCUGGAGAGGGAGGAUGGGAAGAAGGUGUUCCUGUUAGCUGGGAGGAAAAGGAAAAAGAGCAAAACUUCCAAUUACCUCAUCUCGAUUGAUCCUACGGAUUUGUCUCGUGGUGGAGAGAGCUUCAUUGGUAAACUGAGGUCAAACCUCAUGGGGACCAAGUUCACAGUAUAUGACAAUGGUUUGAACCCCAUGAAAAGCACCACCAGCCUCGAAGCCUCCAAUCUACGACAAGAGCUAGCAGCAAUUUGCUAUGAAACCAAUGUGUUAGGAUUUAAAGGACCUCGCAAAAUGAGUGUGAUCAUUCCAGGAAUGAACAUGGACCACGAGAGAGUGUCCAUACGCCCACGAAAUGACCAUGAAUCAUUGCUGGCCAGGUGGCAGAACAAGAACACAGAGAGUGUGAUUGAACUUCACAACAAGACGCCUGUGUGGAACGAUGACACACAGUCCUACGUGCUCAACUUCCAUGGCAGAGUCACUCAGGCUUCUGUCAAGAAUUUUCAAAUUAUUCACGACAAUGACCCGGACUACAUUGUGAUGCAGUUCGGCCGUGUAGCAGAGGACGUCUUUACCAUGGACUAUAACUAUCCAAUGUGUGCCCUGCAAGCCUUUGCCAUUGCCCUCUCUAGCUUUGACAGCAAGCUAGCCUGUGAAUAGACUCCAGCAUGAGAGAGGAGCUGAUCAAUGCGUCUUUAAUGGCAGUCUGUGUGUCCCUGGGACUGGUUUGAGGUUUUCUAUCUUAUAGAGCACCUUGGAGGUUCAGCAUUUUCCCCCAAAAAAGAAGCUUUUUUGUUUGUUUUCUGUUUUAUGCGUAUGUGUGUUUCAAAGAGUGGGGGAGGAGUUAUGGGUUGGGGGCAUCUCAGGAUAGUCCUGAUUAUUGGAAAAGAACAAGCACAAAGAGUAAUCCACUUGCCAAAUUAAAUACAUUUUUCUGGAUCACUAGUCUUCUAACUAGUCUUCUUUUGUGCUGUUGCAGCAUUAUGAGAGCCAGCAUUGUUCCUUUAUGUAGUAGAUGUAGAAAACGUAUAGUUUUCCUGUGAAUUCUUAAUAAUAGCUGGUUUAUUUUUAAUUUUGACUGGAUUUUCUGCCACAAAAAAGCCACAAAAACCACGGUUCAUCAUGCAUGAAACUUGCUUUUAUUGUUAUAAAUCAAAAACUACAUGCAUGAGAUGUAUUUAUUUCUAUUGCUUAUUUUUUAAAGUGAUUUCUUUUGUUUCUGCAGUCAUUUUCAGAAAAAAUCCUCUUGUUACCACGUAAAUCAAAUAAAAAAAGGGGCAAAGAAGAGACAUUGGUUCAAAGUGUCAUGAAUAUGAAUGUAAAGGAUGAUGGUGCACUUUACUUUAAUAGCCUGUUAUGAAAGACAUACUGCUGUACAUACUUUGUUGUGCCUUUGAAGACUAAUUCUAGUGUUGAAGCCAGAAAGGGGCUUGAGCUGGUCUUUAGGUUUUCUUAUCCAUGCAUUCAUUCUCAGAAUUCUGUUUUGUAGCACAGAUUUCAUCCAAACAGGCAAAACCUGCAGGGAAAUAUUCCUCCAGGGAACAAAUUCCAUUUUAAAUUCAAAUAUGAUUAUUAUUAUGCAUAACACAGAAUGCACAUUUACAAAGUACCCUACAUUAGGCAAAAAGCUUUCAAAGUCACUUAAGUGGAGGGUAUGUAUGUGUGUCCCCCAGUAUCUGCUUGAAACAAAAUGUACCGAGCACAGAUUUUCAGAAAUCCAAACACUCUAAACCCACCACACACGUUCCAUCUCUUGCGUUAAACCUUUAUGCUUCACUGAGGUGCAGACUGACACGCUCCUCAUUUGGCUGACGGCAAGUUUCUGCAUUGCAUUGCAGGGUGUUCACUGUUUUGCUAAAUAUUAUUCCUGUGUUCCUGUUUCUUACUAUGGGACAGUCUCUUUUCUCAGUUGUAUGAUGGUAACUUUUUGUAUUCUAUGGCCAACUAAAAAUAAAAAAACAAAAAUAAAACAGCUGAAUGGCAGCAAAGAACAAUCUCCAAAUUCUCCACUAUUGUUAGUGUGGAUUAUAAAGAAAUCUUUAUCAAAUGUGCUAUUCUUGUACUCGAUAUUUGGAAAUUGUUGAUACUCUUGCUGUAAAGGAAACAAAGGCUCUUUCACUUUUAUUAGUGCUGUUGUCCUGUUGUACAAAAAAAAGACGUAUCAUUUUUUUUUUUGGUUUGUGUGGUGGUAUAGACACAAUUCUUUGUUCAUGAAAAAUAAAAUGACAUGGGAUCAAACUAUUUGUUCUUUUUUCUAUUAAAAAUAAAGUCAGCAGUCA